GCUGGGUGUCUGCAGCCGCAGAACGCACAAAGUAAUUCAGUGGUGUCACAUGCUUAUUCUCAACGUUCCAAGAUGAAGCUGAAGUAUGUGUUCUGUUUGUUAGUAAUUUUACUAACGCUUAUAUCUUCGGCGUCAACGCAGCGUUUUGGGUUAAAUAGUCUCAGCACAGGUGCUGCCAUCAUGCUUAGGAACAGAUGCAGGAGCGGCUACAUUCGUGUUGGUAACGGAUGUCGGAGAAGAUAUAGAGAUGUCUGCACACUUCUCGGAGUUUGGUCAAGGACGAGAUGUGUGAAGAGGGUUCCUCUUGUUGCGUCAAGCUUGUCGCAGCGUGCUCAGCAUCAGGGACACGACUUGUGUCGAAAGGUCCUUCAGAUGAGCCUGCGGCCGCUGUUGUGGCUGAACGGCUCACCAGCUGCACAACACGUUAACGAUACUUGGCAUAGCGUCUUUAGUGCAUGAAAAACGUUUCUUGGUAUGCUUUGUGAACAGUCAAAAUUAUGAAGCUAUGACUCAAUUUUUAGUCAAUGGAAUAAAAUGGAGUGUUUAAUUUU